AUGUCUCAGCACGUGACGGUUUCGGAGAUGUUCACGGAGUAUGAAGCUGACUUCACCAGGCUUUGCCACGAAGCGGAGGAGUGUUUGGAGCGUGCCAAGAGUACAUCCUCAGCAAAGCCUCUUUCAGAUGCAGACCGCUGCAUUUCAAGAGCCGAGCAGGCGGUCAAGCAAAUGGAGCUGGAAGUGAGAGCAAUGCCACCGGAAGCACGCGGCCCUGUCCAGUCCAAGGUGCAGGAGUGCAGGCGGGCAUUGACGGAGCGCCGCAAGGCUUCCGAAGCCGUCAGUAGAGCUAUGCUUCUGGAGGAGACGACCCUGGGAAAGCCAUCAAGUGAACACAUGGCAGAGGACAUAAACCAGUCCAUGUUGGAAGGGUCUCGCAAGUUGACUGAAGCCAAGCGGGCAGCUCUGGAAUCCGAACAAAUCGGAAUAGAUGUCAUGAGCGAUUUGCGGCAGCAAAGAGAAGUCAUGGAGCGCAGCCGCGAGAACAUGGGCAAGGUGGGCCAGAAUUACAGUGCAGCUGGCCAUACAUUGGACAGCAUGCUCAGGCGAGCGGAUCAGAACAAGAGAAUGGUCUACAUGAUCGCCGGGCUAAUGCUAGUGAUGCUUGUCGUUGCCGUGUAUUUCCUGUUUCACGGCGGGUCUUGA